CCCGGGCACAGCCGGCACCGGAGCCGGAGCCGAGGUGAGGGCAGCGGCCGUGAGGGGCACGGCGGGGCAGUACCUGAGCGGCACACUCUCCGGCGCUUCUCCAGACCCCUGUCGCUCCCUGCCUCGGAAGCGGAGCCUGUCCCCAGCACGGCGCUGAGCCCCAUCCCGCGGAUCUUGUGCGUGCAGCAUCGCCGGGCAGCCUCUGCUGAACAGCUUCCUCAGGAUGACUCAGUGGUAUCAGCUACAGCAACUUGAUUCCAAGUUUUUGGAGCAAGUUCACCAGCUAUAUGAUGACAGUUUUCCRAUGGAGAUCAGGCAGUACCUGGCACAGUGGCUGGAAAAUCAGGAUUGGGAACAUGCAGCCAACAACGUAUCAUUUGCUACGGUGUUGUUCCAUGACCUGCUGUCACAGCUUGAUGAUCAAUUUAGUAGAUUCUUGAUAGAAAACAACUUUUUGCUGCAGCACAACAUAAGGAAAAGCAAACGCAAUCUUCAGGAUAACUUCCAAGAAGACCCAAUACACAUGGCCAUGAUCAUCCACAACUGUCUGAAAGAAGAGAGGAAAAUACUGAACCAUGCCAAGACAUCAAAUGAGAUGGAAGUAGGGAGCAUCCAGAACACUGUGAUUGGGAUGCUGGACAAACAGAAGGAGCUUGAUGCCAAAGUUAAGGCUGURAAAAGCAGUGUUACAGAUGUGGAGCAGGACAUCAAGACAUUAGAGGACAUGCAAGAUGAAUAUGACUUCAAAUGUAAAACCCUGCAGAAUAGAGAGCACGAGUCCAAUGGCAUGUCUCAGGAGGAAUACAAGAAAGAACAGAUGAAUCUCCAGCAGAUGUUUUUAUCACUGGACCGCAAGAGAAAGGAGGUGGUGAAUAAGAUAGUACAGCUGCUGCACAACACAGAGCACACACAGACUGCUCUCAUUAACGAUGAGCUGGUGGAGUGGAAGCACAGGCAGCAGACAGCCUGCAUUGGUGGGCCACCCAACGCCUGCCUCGACCAGCUGCAGAACUGGUUCACCAUUGUUGCUGAAAGUCUACAGCAAGUUCGUCAGCAGCUCAAGAAGCUUGAGGAACUGGAACAGAAAUUUACCUACGAUCCUGAUCCCAUCACAAAAAAUAAACAAGUUCUGCAGGAGCUAACACACACUCUUUUCAAACAACUCAUCCAAAGCUCCUUUGUGGUAGAGAGGCAGCCUUGCAUGCCAACACAUCCUCAGAGGCCACUAGUCCUGAAGACAGGAGUGCAGUUUACUGUGAAGCURAGAUUGCUGGUGAAACUGCAGGAACUGAACUACAACUUGAAAGUGAAAGUUUUAUUUGAUAAAGAUGUAACUGAGAAGAACUCAGUCAAAGGGUUCAGGAAAUUUAAUAUUUUGGGAACAAGCACAAAAGUAAUGAAUAUGGAAGAAUCUACUAAUGGAAGUCUAGCAGCAGAAUUCAGGCACUUGCAACUGAAAGAACAGAAAAAUGCAGGGAGCAGAACAAAUGAGGGUCCUCUCAUUGUAACAGAAGAGCUUCACUCUCUGAGUUUUGAGACGCAGCUCUGCCAGCCUGGUUUGGUAAUAGACCUAGAGACCACAUCCCUUCCCAUUGUUGUGAUCUCCAACGUGAGCCAGCUUCCCAGUGGAUGGGCUUCUAUCUUGUGGUUCAACAUGCUGUCUACUGAUCCCAAGAACCUGUCCUUCUUUCUGAAUCCACCUUGUGCAAAGUGGUCUAAGCUUUCUGAAGUUCUGAGUUGGCAGUUUUCUUCUGUAACAAAAAGAGGACUUAAUGCAGAUCAGCUGAGCAUGCUGGGAGAGAAGCUUCUUGGGCCAACAAGCGGAGGACCUCAGGACAGCUUUAUUCCUUGGACAAGAUUCUGCAAGGAAAAUAUAAAUGAUAAAAAUUUCCCCUUUUGGCUGUGGAUUGAGGGAAUCCUGGAGCUUAUUAAGAAACAUCUCCUGUGCCUCUGGAAUGAUGGCUGCAUCGUGGGUUUCAUCAGCAAAGAGAGAGAACGUGCUCUGCUGAAGGACCAGAGCCCAGGAACAUUUUUGCUGAGAUUCAGUGAAAGCAGCAGGGAGGGAGCAAUCACCUUUACUUGGGUGGAGGGAUCUCAGAACGAGCCCCAGUUCCACUCGGUAGAACCCUACACCAAGAAGGAGCUCUCUGCUGUGACUUUCCCCGAUAUCAUCCGCAAUUACAAAGUGAUGGCAGCUGAAAACAUUCCUGAAAACCCCCUGCGAUUCCUGUACCCCAAUAUACCCAAAGACAACGCCUUUGGCAAAUACUACUCCAGGCCUAAGGAGGCACCAGAGCCAAUGGAUUUGGAUGGUCCCAAGGGAAAYGGCUACAUCAAGACUGAGUUAAUCUCUGUAUCUGAAGUCCACCCUUCCAGGCUCCAGUCUCCAGAAAAUCUGCUCCCCAUGUCUCCCGAGGAGUUUGACGAGGUGUCUCGGAUGGUGGGCCCGGCAGAGAUCGAUACUGUGAUGUGCACACACAUUCAGCUCUGAGCUUUGGCUGAGCUUUUCCCCGCAUCGUUAACACGUCUGAUUCGCUUAAGCAUCCCGUGCUGCACUCAAUGCCCUGGUGACACGCUUCACUUCUUUGGUUUCUCAACCUGAAGGUCCAGCAGCAAUUUUAGCUAAUGGGAAUGUCAACAGCAGCAGCCCGAGUAGCCUCCUUACUGCACAUCUUUGUUUAGUUAGCAACACACCGUGCCAGAGGGGAGGAGGAGGAGGAUGGGAAUGUGAGCUCCUCAGUGACAGGGAUGCGAGAAACAUGCUYUCAUUGUUUAAAGGAAUGAGUUAAACAUUUAAAACAGUUCACUCUAACAAGGCUUCAAAGGAAAGCUGGGUUCUGUUUAGAAAGCUCACACCUUAAAUUUUUGUCAGAGAAAAACUCUACAGAUACGUGCCACACCAAAUCCWUGUGCUGCUGAAGUUUGUCGUGCUUUUAGCUUCUCUAGGUAUGGCAUUGGGAGAGCAGAAGCCCAAAAUGUUACCUGCAUUUCAUUUUUGCAGUUUUUGUAAGCAUAAUUUUGUGAUGUUUAGCACAAUCUCCCCUAAAGAGAAUUUCUCAAGACACCACUUCAAAGCUCCACUGGCACAUGCUGAGCUUGCAACUCAAGGUGUAUAAUCAAGACUAAAGCCUCUGCAGACUGCAGUCCUGCUGUCCACAGAGAGUCAGACAAAAUGAGAGUGCAAAAGGGGCUGAAGUAUGUUUUUAUUUACUGUGUUUAGGUGAGGAUCUGGUCACUUCUAUCUUUUUUUGCAGUAAGAUAUGUAUUUAGGUUGUAACAGGUGGAAUGGAACUCAGUUUUCUCAUGCAUAGUGAACCAGGGCAUUUAUUAAACUGUUCAUUUGAAUAGCUGAAAGAUUCCACAGGCCCUGAUAAUGAAGUGGUUUUGCAAUUCGGGGUAAGGCACAGGAAAGUGAAGAAGUUAAAACUUACCCAGUUAAAAUUUAUGCAGAUGCAGUCUGCAGUACCUAAAAGGAUGAAGCUGUGUUCCACCAGAGGAGGAGCAGGUUUGUUUCUCAGAACGUUUGAAGGUAAUUAACAACUCACAGUUAAGAGUGAGGCUGUUCUAGGCAGCCUAUUAGUGCAGGCUGCUAAUUAGCACRGAGCUGAGCAGAGGGGCUGCAGAGCACUCGUGCUGCACCUCACCUGUCCAGGUACAGGGCAGCCMCUGCAGGGSACCCUGCCUGAGCASGGGGUUGGACAGGGUGACCUCCASAGGCCYCUCCUGCAUCAGCUGCUGUUUGUGAAAUYAGGGACUGGUUCAGUUUGAUGUGUUGUGCACAGUGACUGAUGUGCCCCCUUGCAAAAGCUCAAAAGAAAAKCUAAAGGACCUAGAACAGGUUACACAUGUAUUUAAAUGAAAGCAUUGCUGACACGAGUUUAGAUUAAAACGUUGCCAAACUGACUUAUUUUUGGUGCCCUGAGUUCCUGAGAUUAAUGUUGCCAGAGGAAAUCACAACUGGUGACUUAGUGCUUUUAUCUUAUUGUAAUUAUCUGAAUGUGUACCUGUUGCUAAUACAAAAAUCAACUAUUUGAUUUUUGAGCUAUACUUUGUAUUCAUGUUCUGUAUGUCAUUACUUYUAUACUUCAGUUUUGUGAGAUUUAAAGCAGUGGCCUUGUUCACAUGUUGGUCUCUCCAUAACCAGYAGCUCUAGAAGCAAUGAUUUUUCCUUGAUGGAAUAUUCUUUUAUAUAUUUUAAAUAAAUGGAACUGUCACUUGCCA